GGGAGAGCCCUCCCUGCCUUCCUCCCUCCCCCGCCCCCGGCCGCCAUCCGGCCUGGGCCUAACCUCCUCGGGACCGCCGCCUAUCCGGCCCCGUGAGGCCCCCUCCCAGGGCCGGUUAAGGCGCAAACAGCCCGGGAUGGUCAAUGCUUAACCCUAGUGGUGUCAGGUGGGGGCAUUCUUUCCUGGCGGCUCCGUGGAACUUUUUCCAGUUGCCUCCCGUCGGGUCAGAGGGGCUGGUCUAGAGGGCUCAAGGUUCGACGGCCCGGGUUUGUAGCCGCGGGUGCAAGUUCUUCAGCCUGACGGAGACCCCCGAGGAUUACACGCUCAUGGUGGACGAGGAGGGCUUCAAAGAGCUGCCCCCAUCCGAGUUCCUGCAAGUGGCCGAGGCCACCUGGCUGGUGCUGAACGUGCCAUCCCCCAGUGGCGCGGCCGUGCAGGCUGCCGGGGUCACCAAGAUCGCCCGGUCCGUAAUCGCACCGCUGGCCGAGCACCACGUGUCGGUGCUGAUGCUGUCCACCUACCAGACAGACUUCAUCCUGGUGCGGGAGCAGGACCUGUCCGUGGUGAUCCACACGCUGGCCCGGGAGUUCGACAUUUACCGAGAGGUGGGCGGGGAGCCAGUGCCGGUUGCCAGGGACGAUUCCAGUAACGGCUUUCCCCGUGCUCAGCAUGCAGGGCCCAGCCCCACGGUGCACCCCAUCCAGAGCCCACAGAACCGAUUCUGCGUCCUCACGCUGGACCCUGAGACUCUGCCAGCCAUCGCCACCACCCUCAUCGACGUCCUCUUCUAUACGCAUAGCCCCCCUAGGGAGGCAGCCUCUGGCGGUCCCGGAUCCAGUUCCAUCACCUUCUUUGCCUUCUCCCUCAUCGAAGGCUACAUCUCCAUCGUCAUGGAUGCUGAGACGCAGAAAAAGUUCCCCAGUGACCUGCUGCUGACCAGCUCCUCGGGCGAGCUGUGGAGGAUGGUGCGCAUUGGCGGACAGCCCCUGGGCUUCGAUGAGUGUGGGAUCGUGGCCCAGAUCGCCGGCCCCCUGGCUGCGGCCGACAUCUCCGCCUACUACAUCAGCACCUUCAACUUUGACCAUGCCUUGGUGCCCGAGGACGGCAUCAGCAGCGUCAUCGAGGUCCUCCAGCGCCGGCAGGACGGCCUGGGCUCCUGAGGCUCCAGGGGCGGGGGGCAACAGCAGCCUCCGGGGUCUUCCCUUGCCCUCUGGCUUCCAGAGACUUCUCAAAGCUGUGUGCUCCAGCUCUGGGACGUUCCCAGAGGCCCCCUCCUUCCGCUCUGUGUAUGUAAGCUGCGAGCAGACUCCGGCUCUCAACGUGGCUGCCGCGUGUCUGCCCAACGCAGGGGACGUGGUGCUCGGGGCUUCCUCCAGGAAGCCCUCAACUCAUCACUGCCUGCGGGGCCUCGGGGUUUGCACAUUCCCUGCCUGAGGCCUGAGCCUCCACCCUCUCCGCCACCCCCAGCUGGGUUGCCUGACCCAGCAAAGGAGUUCUGACUGUGCCUUCCCUUCCUGGGGCCUCCAAGAAAAGUAUUUUUACACCUUUCUCUCUCUCUCUCUUUCCUUUUUAAGUCAACUUGUUAAUAAAGAGCUUAUAGUGAGCA